ACAGCUUCUCUUUUCUUAGUUUAUCCACUGAAAAUGAAGCCAGCAGCGGAAAUAACAGCGGUGCAAGGAGGAAAACCAAAGCGUCGGGCACAAUUGUGAAGUCUAGGUACAUGCAGACUGAAACAAAGGCUCCUGCAAAGAGCAGCGUACAGCAGCAGUCGAUGCUGAUGCCGCCCAGACCGGCCUCUCCCAGAGUAAGCAACCCGCGAAAGCCGAGGGAGAGCGUACCGUCGAGACGUACAAUGAGCUCUCUGACAGACAAUGACUAUGCCUUGGUCACCAGCAUUCUGGAAUCCUCAAAUGUGGGAGGAAAUGUCUUCCAGUCGACUGUUUUGGAUGGUCACUGCAUACGUCCAGAUUUCGAUGUCUCCGUCAUUAAAGAUAAAGUUGUGCAGCUGAGCACAGCGGACCCCAAGAAUGAAGAAAGGGACAUGGCGAUGGAGACAUUUUUGCUGGCCUUCCUUACUGCUAAGUUAAAUAAUUCAAAUCGAAAAAUGAGAGAGGAGGCUGAGAGGAAUAUUCUGGCUGUGAUGGAGAAAGAGCAGCAGUUAUCCGCUCAGGUUAAUCAGAAGAAACGACAGUAUCUGCUGCUGGAAAAGCAGAAACAGCUCAACAGUUUACUGGACUUACAGAUCGAGGCUUUAGGUCCUGUUGCUGCUGCAGCAAACACAUUUGCAGAGGAGUACAAGUCAUUUGCCACUGCCAUUGAUGCCACGAGACACAAGCUUCCUGUGAAGAACGUGGACAUCGGAGAGGACGCAGGCCAGUUUUUAG